CUAAUCAUUUUAGAAUUUUAUAUAAAAUCUUUUUCAUAACAUGCAUCUCCUUUUUUAGGUUGACUCGUCAAUUCGCGCAUGCGCUCUGCGUCUCCCUUUCGCACAGCAAAAUGUCUAAGCGAGGACGUGGUGGAGCAGCGGGAGCGAAAUUUCGCAUCUCCCUCGGUCUUCCUGUGGGAGCAGUCAUCAACUGCGCCGACAACACAGGAGCCAAGAACUUGUAUGUCAUCGCGGUGAAUGGCAUAAAAGGCCGUUUGAACAGACUGCCCGCCGCUGGAGCCGGCGACAUGAUCGUGGCGACAGUGAAGAAGGGAAAGCCGGAGCUUAGGAAAAAAGUAAUGCCAGCAGUGGUCAUCCGGCAACGGAAGCCUUACAGGAGGAAGGACGGCGUGUUCAUCUACUUCGAGGACAACGCCGGGGUCAUCGUCAACAACAAAGGCGAAAUGAAAGGCUCCGCCAUCACCGGUCCAGUGGCCAAGGAAUGUGCAGACCUUUGGCCGAGGAUUGCGUCCAAUGCAAGCAGCAUUGCUUGAUGUGUGCUUCGUGUACAAAUAAAAAAUGAAAAGCA